AAUACGACAAAAGUGUACUUUUUAUUCAGUAUUAAACUUGUGAAUAGUGUUGACAAUUUGUAAUUUGCAGUGAAGGAAUUACUAAAUACAAAAUGUACAAGUUGAUCUGUUUAUUAAUAUUGUUGACGAUCACUUGUGAGGUCAUGGUCGCUGAUGAUGUCACUGAUGGCACUGAGCUUGUCUUUUCACUAUUGGUCCAUCGUCACGGAGAUAGAACGCCUGUGGAAUCGACUUUGGUCUAUUCGAAUGACCGUAACACAUUAGAGAAACUCUCUGAACCUUAUGGAUACGGCCAGUUAACUGACGUGGGGAAAAGGCGUGCGUUUGAAUUGGGAAAAUACAUAAGUCGCCGAUACAGUGAACUGCUAGCUCCGCGGUACAAUGCUUCUGAGGUGUACAUCCGAUCCACUAAUUCCGCUCGCGCCAAGAUGACCAUCCUCACAGCUCUGGCUUCUAUCUACUAUCCUGUUAAAGGAAAUAAAUGGAGUGACAGCAUCAAUUGGGAACCAGUUCCUUAUACUACUGUACCUGCAAAAUAUGAUUUUAACCAAGGCGUUCUAAACUGCCCAACCUUCUCAACAUUUAGAUCAACUGCACUGCACGCUCCUAAUCCAGAAUUACAAGAACUAUAUGCUGAUAUUCUCGAUUUCUUAACCCAAAAGACUGGUAGGAACAUAAUAGAUAGACCUCAUCUGUCAACCGUUAUAUACGAUCUUUAUAUUUCUCAGCUAAGUUUAGGACACGCACUUGACGACGAAAUAGCGGCAGUUUUUGAUGAAGUUGAAGAACUGGCUCAUCUAGCAUUUGAUGCAGUGUACGGUCAUGAAGAAUACAAAAAGUUUGAGGCCGGUGUCCUUCUCAACGAAUUCUUCACUUAUUCAGAAAUGGCUAUCGCAGGAAACGACACACAAAGAUUGAGAAUAUAUUCCGCCCAUGACAUUAAUGUGUACGCUUUCCAAGCUGUCACAGAAGUUACAUCGAGACAGGGUGCACCCAAAUAUGCAGCAGCAUAUAGUUUAGAAGUUAGAAGAGUCACAGCAACUGGAAGAUUUGUUGUUCUGCCGGUAUACCUACCAUCACCGGGUGAAUCGGAAGUCUACUUGCAAGUCCAAGGCUGUGAUUUACUCUGCGACUAUGACCAGUUCGUGGAAAUAACCAGCAAGAACGCUCUGGACGAAGACACCUGGAGGACUGAGUGUGGAUUCACUAACGACCUUGUUAUUGACGAAUCUACGGUUGCUUAAUAGAAUCAUCGAAACUGUAUUGACAAAGUUUAAUCAUCAAAUAUAAUAUAAAUAAUAUAAUAAAAUUGUAAUUAGACAAUGUCAGCACAUAGAGGGAUAUUUAAAAAAAAUAUAUAUGAGGGAUCUUAAUGAGAAAUAAUAGAAUCAAAAUAAUACAUUUUAGAAAUUAGGUCCGCCUAUAUUUAAUUAUAAACUUUCGCGUUGUUUACACAUAUUUUUAAAUACCAAAACCUGAUUUUAACGCGAUGUUAAAGCGUUUACAAAUAAAUAGUACCUAUAUACCUGUUUCUUUAUUGCCAAUGUAUCGCCUGUAAAGGCUUUUACAUCGCGCUAAGAUGCCAGAUGUUGUUAACACUGCUCAGUGUCUCAUCUUUGCUGACGAUUUGAAGCUAUUCAUGGCUGUCGGAACUAUGGAAGACUAUAAAGCUUUACAGCGAGAUAUUGCAACGUUGAGAGCUUGCAGAGUUGAGACGGCAACUUUGUGGCAUGGACUGAGCAUAAUCAUUUGAAAUUCAAUAUUUCAAAGUGUAAAUGGACCACAUUCACGCGAUUUCGUGUUCCCCAUUCUUAUGUCUAUAGUAUAUCUAGUACGCUGCUUGAACGUGUGUCAUAAAUAACCGAUUUAGGCCUUAGGCUGGACACUGCUUUAACUUUUAAUAAUCACAUAACAAAUAUUUGUAGCCCUGCAUAUAAAUCGUUAGGCUUUGUGAUAAGACAGUCGGCACAGCUUCAUGAUAAAGAUGCAAUAUUAUAAUUAUAGUAAUUUGUACGAAGCAUUUUAGAAUUCAAUUAUUUGGAACCCAAAUAAAACAAAAUACAAGAUAAUGAUAGAAAGAGUUCAGAGGAAAUUUGCAAGCUUUCUAUAUAGUAAACUUUACGGCUACUAUCCUUAUCUGUACCCAUCGCUGUUCGUAUCCGGUAUGGUGAGUUUAGAACGCUCGAGGUAAGGCGAAAGUGCAAUUUGAUGGUGCACUAUUAUCGAUUGGUCAACGGCAGAAUAGACAAUUCUGCAACUCUCAGCCGUUGUUCUUUGUACGCACCCCAACGCUGGAUGCGAUUGCGUGCACGUUGAUUAUUAUCGGCACCGCCGGUUCGCACCUGUACUGCUCAGUUUGCUCCCACUUAUCAGGCUAUUUCUCUGCUCAACUCUCUACUUGCUUAGCAGCCAGAUAUUGAUAUAUUUAAUGACAAAUUAGAUAUAUUUUUUAAAUGAUGUUUAAAAUUUUUAGGUUUGUAAAAUGGCUCAAUACACAUUUCGGGAUAUUGUAAGUGCGAUGAGCAGUCUAUAAAUAAAUUAAUAAAUAAGUAAAUAAAUAGAUAAAAGUCCCGAUUGUGUAUUUAAAAAAUUAUGUCUGUCUGUAGGUAUGUAUGUUUAUUUCAGUUUUAUAUAAAAUCGACUGCACUAAA